AUGGCGUCGUCGUCUUCCAAUUCGAUAGAGGAGGAGGCAACACCGCCGCCGUGGGAGAAACUGCCGCGAGAGAUAACGGCGGCGAUUUUACUAAAGCUGGGUGCGGUUGAGAUUCUGACGACGGCGGUGGAAGUGUGUACGACGUGGCGGAGCGUUUCAAUGCAACCUUCCAUGUGGCGGUACGUUAGGAUGGAAAAAUCGGACGUCGAGUGGCCGCACGACUUCGAUGAUUUGUGCCGCCGUGCGGUGGAUCUCAGCCAAGGCCAACUAAUUGGCAUCACCCUUAAAGGUUCCGGUACCAAUGAUUUGCUUCUCUAUAUUUCUCAAAGGUCCGGUCAGCUCAAACAUCUUGCACUCGUAAAUUGCUACGACAUAACCGGUGAAGGUGUGAAAGAAGCAGUUAAAAAUCUACCUCUGCUUGAGAAUCUGUAUCUAAACCACACGUAUAUCGAUGUUGAAGCUAUUGAAACCGUUGGCCGAAGUUGCCCAUUACUCAAGUUUUUCAUAUUGACCAGCUUCGAUUGGCGCAGUGGCGAAUCUGACGAAGAGGCUCUAGCAAUUGCUCAAAACAUGCCUGGACUCGUUGAGCUUCGGAUUUUCGGAAAUAGAAUGACAAAUGUGGGCCUCAAGGCAAUUCUCGAAGGUUGUCUCCAUCUUAAAUCGCUUUAUAUGAGACGGUGUCACAAUGUUAAUUUCGGAAAAUUAUGCUCCGAAAGGAUUAAAGAUCUUAAGCUUGACGUCGACUCCAUUAAAAAAUACGAGGAGGAAAUGUACUAUGCUAAUGACAUAGGAGGUGUUUCUGACCUAGGUGGCUAUGACGAUGGGUAUUUUGAUGAUUAA